GUCCCCAGUGUGGUGAUGCUUUAAUUUGCCAGUUAGUUUGACCAGUCGCCUUUUCUUCCCUUAGUAUGAUUUUUGGCGUUAGUCUCUACAUAAAGGCCUCGAUGACUAUUCAUCUAAAAUGAAAGAAUCUGGAAUGAUUUUCUUCGGUUUGCAUCAAAGCACGAUUAAGACUUCCUGUUUUAAGGAGUUAUUGGUUGGGAAGCUCCACCAUGACUUCGCGCAAUCGGUUCUGCGCAUAGUUAACGCUGGCAUUGGCAGAAACUCAAUGACUUAAUCGAAAGUAAGGUUAGACGAGAGAUGAUUGUUCCUCUGUUAUUACUUGCCUAAACGUUGAAAAUAGAAAGACAAGUGCCAGAUAAUAGACUACGUCAAGAAAGAGAUCGCGUGGUUGAGUGUGAAGCCCAUCACCGCGAUCGGGGAGGGAGGAGAGGCCAAAGACAACUGCAACUGGAGAAAAAAAAAGUGUCUUCAGUUCAACCGGAUUAGCUGAACGUCGACAAUUUAUCUGCUCAUUAUGGCCUCGGAGGAGCUCUACGAGGUCGAGAAGAUCGUUGACAAGCGGAAGAACAAGAAGGGCAAAAUGGAGUACCUGGUCCGCUGGCGAGGCUUCGGCUACGAGGGGGACACCUGGGAGCCGGAGACGCACCUGGCCAACUGCAUGGAGUUCAUCCACGAGUUCAACCGGCAGCUGAGCGACCGGCAGCGGGACGGCUCCCUCAUCCGCUCCACGCGCAGCUCGCCCUGCGUCAGCUUCAGCCACUCGUCCUCCGGCGGCAGCAACAGUGCGCGCAAGCAGAUCUCAAGACCCCAACCCCACAGCCCCAGCAUCAGCCUCCCCCUGGCAAAGACUGUAAGCUCGUCCUCUCCUCCAGCGGUAGCCAUUGGUCCCACAAAGCAGCAGCAGCAGCAGCACUUGCCCGAUUUGAAGGACACAGACUCUAAAAUUGAGACCGCAACGUAUCAGCAACGACAGCAACAGCAGCAGAUGUCAAGCCAAAAGUAUAAACGGUUAGGUGCCAUCACCGAUAGUGUUACUGGCUCAGGUUUGACUGUAUCGCCAACUGUUAAUACUCUACGGCGGAGCAUGGACCUCGCCAAGUCCGGCAUCAAAAUCCUCGUGCCUAAGAGUCCCAUGAACAGUCGGACUGAUUCCGAGGAGUCGCCCAGUGAGGCUGCACAAGGCCUCGAGCAGGGUGGGCAGGAGCCAGACUCUGUGCCCCCUGAGGUGGCCCUGCUGGAGAAGCCAGUGGGCGUCCAGCUGGGGCCGGGGGAAGAGAGGGCACGCAUGGGCACCCGGCCUCGAUCACAAACCACUCUGGCCCCUCCACAGCUCCCCGUCACACCUGCAGCUAUGCGCGUACUCAAUGGAAAAGGUACUUCGACGUUCAUGGAGGCCUCGGCAGCUAAUGGGACUGCUAGCAUGCAGACUGCGGCUACUGGAGUAACUAGUGCCUCUGGAGUGAGUGGGAAACGGCGCUUUGAAGAACGCACGGCAGCCUUUGACAAGCGUUUGCGCUUCAGCGUCCGCCAGACAGAGAGUGCCUACCGUUAUCGGGACAUCGUGGUGAAGAAGCAGGAUGGUUUCACACACAUCCUGUUCUCUACCAAAUCGUCAGAGUACAACUCCCUGAACCCAGAUGUGAUGAAGGAGGUUCAGAGUGCCAUGGCCACGGCGGCUGCUGAUGACAGUAAGCUGGUGCUGCUCAGUGCGGUGGGAAGUGUGUUCUGCUGUGGCCUUGACUUCCUGUACUUCAUACGGCGCCUCACUGACGAUCGUAAGAAGGAGAGCAUAAAAAUGGCUGAAACGAUUAGGACAUUUGUGAACACAUUCAUCCAGUUUAAGAAGCCCAUCGUCGUUGCUGUGAAUGGGCCUGCCAUAGGGCUUGGUGCCUCUAUACUGCCCUUGUGUGAUGUCAUCUGGGCCAAUGAAAAGGCCUGGUUCCAGACGCCCUAUGCCACCAUUGGCCAGACGCCUGAUGCCUGCUCAUCCAUCACCUUCCCUCGCAUCAUGGGAGUUGCCUCGGCCAAUGAGAUGCUGCUGAGUGGGAGGAAGCUAACGGCUCAAGAGGCCUGCGCCAAGGGCCUCGUGUCCCAAGUACUGUGGCCAGGCACGUUCAUGCAGGAGGUCAUGGUGCGCAUUAGGGAGCUAGUCUCUUGUAAUUCCAUUGUUCUGCGGGAGUCCAAAGCACUGGUGCGGAACUCCAACCGGACCGUCCUGGAGCAGGCCAACGAGCGGGAGUGCGAGGCACUAAAGAGGGUCUGGGGCUCGGCCCAGGGCAUGGACUCGAUUUUAAAAUACCUGCAGAACAAAACGGAUGAGUUCUAAACUGGGCAAAGGAGAAAAAAAAAAAAAAAAAAGACAGCGCCUCUGCAGCUUAAACACUUCUUCUGACCAGGAAGUUCAAUCCUCAAAAGUGCCUAGAGGGAACAAUGAAAGACUUUUUUUGGGGACGAGAUCCGCUAAUCUCCAGUACGAGUUGAAUUUGAUCUUCAUCCACGUGAAGGAAAAAGAUGAACUUUGUUUGAAUCUGCUCCUGCUGGGGCGGUUGAUCUUAAAACUGGCUAACAAUUCCCUAGUAUGUGCAUGGAAAUGAUUUUUGUGGUUACAUGAGCCUGUCAGGCUGUAACACUCUCCCAGCUUUAUCUGGUGUCACAUGCUUCGCUGGCCCUCUGUGCUUGGAGUUGGUCAGUCAAGCUAACGUCUUACCCUGACCAGUCUCAGCGGACCCUUGGUGUACACAACCGAGGAGUUUGUGGAACAUGGUGUUUGAUGGAGAGGUGGCAGAGCUAUUUAUGGAGUUGAAAACAACACAAUGGGUUUGUAAGGGGUAUUGGGGACAUUACUUCCACACUGGGAGUGUAACAGGUUUCAUGAUCGCCUUGAGGUAACCAUGGGGAAUAUCACAUAUUACUUUUUUUGCUGGCUGUUCAAAUCCAGCUCUCCGAUGAUCAUCAUGAUGGGACUGAAACACCGUAUUAGGUUGGUAAGAUAAGGUAUUAUUUAAUUGUACCUUGUAGAUGUUGCCGUCUAUCUUAUCUGUGUUGUUACACAGUGGAAUUCCCAAAGCAGAGGUCUUCACUGACAAAUGCUUUGGGUUCAUUUUUAAUCACCAAAAAUGUUUGAGGUCACUAUCAAUGCCAUUGCAUAAAUGAAUUGUAGUCAUUUUUUUAUUUAAUGCUAAGUUAAAGAAAUAUGAAGUGAGUCUUUGUCAGGAAGGGUGGACUGCAUUUUUGAGUAUGCUUGUCUGUACUUGUCUAUGCUUGUCUGUGUCGAUUGAAGAGCCUGUGGAGAUCCAAAGUGUUGCCUUGUACCCAUUCAGAUUCACUGCGUGUUUACUGGGGGCCAUCCUGAUGUGAACUUGAGCAAAUUUGCACUUUUACUCAAGAAACAAUUUGGGUUGUCUGAGUUUUUCUUCUGUGGUUAGAGGGUGGAAUAUUUUUAAAGCACAGUGCUUGUGUUGAUCCUUAGUGCCACAAGUGGUGAGUCUGCUGCACAAAUUUGAAAUUUCAACAAAAACAAAAACCAAAUCCAUAACCUUCCAUCUUCCUCGGCGAAACCUCCAGCUCUUCCUUGCUGACUUUGCGCCAUGCACUGCUAUCCAGCUGUUUGUGGUGUCUGUCGUGCUGGUCAAACAUUAUGUUUGGGGUCUUUGUUAAUUAUGCUUAUUUGUAAAUAUAUAUUGACAUUGUGUUUUGUUAAUACAAACUCUUCCAGGUAAUUUUUCCAUAAAGUUGACAAGAUAGAGGAAACAGCUGGAUUAAAAAUCUUUUUAGCUAAUUUCACCCUGAAAUCUGAAACCUUUACGAAAAAAAAAAAAACUACUGUUUUCUUGUAGUGAUGAAAUUAUUAUUUAUGCAGUGCUAAGUAUUUAAAUAUUUAAAACAUUUUAACAUACCUGAACUAUCAAAAAUGUUUAAAACAAAAAAAACAACCCUCAUUGAUUGGGUAUACCACCCUAAUUUUGGCUUAUGUACUUGUAAUGCUUAACUUUAAGGUGAAUCCUUUAUAUGUUGUCUUUAUUUUAUGUAAUGUUCUGACGCAGUCCCCUCCAUGUAAAUGUCACCUUCAUCUCAUUUUGAAGACCAAGGUUGCUCUAAAUUGGAAACAUUAAAUUCAUGUAAUUGUUUUAUAGUCAAAUCCAUAGGUGUUGAAGGGUCAUAAAAUUAAGCAUCCGUCUUAGAAAUUGAAACAUAAUUUACUCCAUUAUCAUUGUAACUAGACAAAUAAAAUGAAUGUCUACUUCAAACCAUCAGGCCCAAGCAACUUGUAUAACUGGACAUGAGGGUAUGUUUUUAAUGAAUUGAGAUGCUCACCUUGCAGACCUUCCACUGGCGUGUAAGAUUUUCUCCUAGAAGUGAAAGAUAUUGAAAUGGGCCCUUACUGAUGUAUGUGUUGGGUCCGGAACCAUUUCCCCUCCAGAGUAGAGAACUGUAUAUAAUGUGCAUUGCCUUUAGUAUAAAAUACUGGAACAGUAUUUUUUCAGUCUCUGGACCUUUUUUCAUGUAGUUGAACUUGUAUACAAAUGGAAUAUAUAUGUAUACACACACUUACACUGUACAGUCUGUAAAGAUUUUUUUUAAUAGAUUCAUAAGAUAUAAACCUGCAAAAUAAACUAUUUCACAUACUA